AUGACAAUCCGCCUCCAACGUUCUGUGAGGAACCUUUUCACCACGAAUGAUGAGUGUGCCAUCAUUCGGCUGCCCCACGUCCGUCUUGCUGGACUUUGUUUCCUGCAAGGCCAUUACGUGGUAGUUGAUGCGCCCUGCAGCUUCGAGGAGGACGUGAAGAUCGGCGUUGGUGGAGAUUGUUCUGGCGUUUUAGAUGCAGAUCAUGAGACAAGAUAG